AGAAUCAGUCCAGAGGCGGAUCUUGUCGCACAAGCGGACUGGGAAAACAAAACAAAACUGAAAGACAAGUUUUCCUGUCCCUCGCCCAUUUUUAUUUAUUUGUAUACAAACAAAAUAAGAAAAAUAUGCUUUCUCACUGAGACCACACAAAUGAAUCCGAACAUGCUAGCUGGCGUUGUGAUACAGCUGAUACUACAGACUAGCAUGCUAACAGGGGAAGCGUUAGGUUAAUAAUUGAUUAGAUUGCCUGAUCGUCCGUGUGUGUGUGUGUUUUCAGUAGGUUAGAUAAAGAGUCAACAGUGCAAGUCGCCGAGCACAUGAGGAAACAUGACCUCUCUGAGAUUUUGCGCGAAUAUCUCCUGGUUGUUCACCGAGCUGCCCGAGCUGAGCGAGAGACUGCGUGCAGCUGCGUGUGCAGGGUUCCAGGCUGUGGAGGCGGCUUGGCUGUACAGCUCUGACCCCAGAGAGCUGCAGAAAGUCCGACAAGAAACAGGACUGCAGGUGGCUCUUAUAAACACUCCCCCGGGAAAUGUGAAGAAUGGUGAGCUGGGUUUGGGUGCUGUGCCGGGGAGAGAGCAGGAUUUUCGACAGGGUUUGGCUCAGGCUGUACAAUAUGCUAAAGCACUGGACUGCAACAGGAUCCAUGUGAUGGCAGGCCGGGUACCCACAGGGGCAAAACUGUCUGAGGUUGGUGUGGAAAUGGAAGCUACCUUUGUGCAGAACCUAAAAUAUGCUGCUGAUGUCCUAUCAAAGGAGGACAUUAUGGGAUUGAUUGAGCCCAUCAACACAAGGAUAACGGACCCUCAGUACUUUCUGGACUCUCCGCAUCAGGCGGCUGCUAUCCUUCAGAAAGUUGACCAUCCAAAUAUCAAACUGCAGAUGGACAUUUUCCACUGGCAGAUAAUGGACGGGAACCUGACGCAGAACAUCCGGAGAUACUUCCCCUUAAUAGGUCACAUCCAGAUUGCGCAAGUCCCUAAUCGCCAUGAGCCUGAUAGUCCUGGGGAGAUCAACUUCCCUUACAUCUUUAGGCUACUGGAGGAACUGGGCUAUCAGGGAUACGUGGGUUGUGAAUAUAAACCUCUAGGUUCCACAGAAGAAGGACUGGACUGGGUGAAGAAAUACUGGGAUAGUAAACAUUGACAAGUCACAUGUUUAAAAUUCUCAUUCUGGACAGAUCUGUAAUACCCAUUAAUGAAAUCCAACAAAGCAGCUCAUUUCCAAACAAUGCAUCAUGUGGAAUAUGCAAAAUGUGGCACAUUGCCUGCAUUUAUUUAGAUGAAUAAAUAAAAUGAUUUGUGCUUUAGGAUUCAGCCACAAUGCUGUAACGAUGGUGAAACCCGAGCUGUAGGCAAAACUUGUCGAUGAUUGUGAUUUGAUGUUUUUGAAUAAAGUCAUUGUCACUGUGUAA